ACCCACGAAACCCAUCUUAUCCGCAAAUCGCUCCUUAGCUGGGAUCACGAGUCCUCGGCUCUCAUGGAAUUCUCGUUUCCCUUUUCGGCCCCCCUUUCCUGAAGCCUUUCAUCCCCUCUCCCCCUCGACUCUCCCAACCCUCUCAAGCCUCCGCAAGGCCUAGCGUCUAUCUUAGUGCGGGCGCAACCUACGAUAGAUGUCCCCUUGCGGAUUGGGAAGUCGGGCUCGAGUGUGUGCUAUGGGCCAAUCGUUCCGGUCCUUUUUUUUUUCUUUUUCUCUUUUGGCGAUAAAUUCAAAUUCCUCACCAAUUGAGAGCCAAUUCGAUUCAGGUAGGAGGCCAUGCGUUGCCCGCUUCUCGUCGGGGUUGAAGGGAAAAAAAUAAAUAAAUUAAUACCAGGGAUAGCCCUAGCACGCAAGAUCCCCACCCGGGGGAACCACCCAUCACAAACCCUGCGAAACGUCACCUCAACGACGGGAAGGCUAUCGUACCCGUAAGCUUUUCCGUUCGAUUCGCACGCCAACGUCUUGGGAUAAACCCUGGUUUGGAGGAGGAGGAGGAAGGGGGGGGAGAAAAAGAAAAAGAAAGUCUUGUGAUU